AUGGUGGGAGCAACACAGCCCCGUGCCGUAUACAGCCUGAUAGAUGCAACUCCUGCCCGGACAAUUUGGGUAUACCGUAAUGGGGACCCCUACUAUUUGGGAAGGAAGUUUGUCAUCAACCAUCGAUACGUGCCCAACUUUGAAGCCUUCAUGAUACAGCUGAACGAAGGUGUGCCCACACCCUUUGGGGUGAGGAAUAUAUACACGCCUCGGCAAGGGCAUUCUGUUAUGGACCUGCCUGACUUGGAGCAGGGAGGCAGAUAUGUGGUUGCCGGCAGGGAAAAGUUUAGGAAACUGAAUUACUACAAUAUAGGGGCAAAGAAACCUCAAAGAAAGAAGAGGGAUGACAUAAUUCGACCAGUAGUCCACAGUAAUAUAAAAGUACCUUCUAAAUGGCAAUCUUUCUAUAAUAAGCCACGGAAUAUUAAUGUUUUCACAAAUGGAGAUAUGUUGAUACCACCUGUUAAAAUUCUCAUACCCAAGUUUACACUGAAAAGUUGGAACGCUGUCCUUGGAGUGAUAAAUGAAAAAGUAUUUCCUCGUUCUGGGGGUAUUCAAAGGCUACAUACUUUAAAUGGCCAACGUGUACAAGGACCUGAUGAUUUAGAAGAUAACCAAUUUUAUGUUGGAAGUAGUAAAGAAAAAUUUCAGCCUUUGCUAUACUGGCAACAUCCUAAAGUUCCAGAAGAUAUUCGGCGGAUUUUUUCUAGUUCACCUGGACCUACAGAAAAGCCCCUUCCAAAGAAGUCUCCCAUUAUAGAACAAUCUAAACGGGAAGGAAACAUUCAUCAUCCUGUAGAACCAUUAAAACGAGGCGCAGGAGAUAGGGCUUCGGUUUAUUAUGCAAAACCCGAGAAAGCAAAACCCAAGAAGGCAAGUGGUGAAACGGCUCCUACACCACUGUCAUCCACUGAUGGACACAGUGUCUAUAAAGCUCAAAAAUCCCCAACUGAAAUUGAAGGGGCUCAAGAGGUACAAGAAGACAAAGAUGUACAAGUGGACAUGCCCUUUGAUCAGGCUCCAGCUGAGGUUGUCCAAGAAGAGGAAAUUUAUUCAAAUGUUGGGAGUCUAGAAGAACAGGCUAAAGAAGAAGUUGAAGUUGAAGAAGAGAUGGAGAAACCGGUGAAAAAAGGCGUUUUCAACAAAAUGUUUGGGUUCUUUUUCAGUAAAUCAAAGAAGAAAGAUACAAAAGAAGAUGGUAUAAAACAACAAGGUGAAAAGAAACAGAAAAAGUAUUACAACCCAUACGAUUAUGACUGACUGUUUUGAACAUCUUGUCAUCAACUGUUAUAAAGGAUUUUAAUGUUGCAACUCACGAAACAUCAUGUUUACCAUUGGCGAUAUCUUCUACAUCAUCAUUUAAAAAUAUUCAAAUAACUUCAUCUGUCCAGCACAAUUAGAAAUGCAAACUUUAAUUGUGGGUUAUGUGCUCCUUGUUUGUUGGUGAAUAUAUACAUGCUCCCCAUUAAGAUUUGGUAAGAAUGAAGA